GAGAAUAAUGACUUAUCAGAUAUAAAUAGUGACCAUGAUAGUAUACAAAGCCAUUAUUUACAGUCAGCUUCUAGAGAAAGAACUAGUUCUCCACGGCUAGUUUCUAAGAAAAUAAAUGAAAGAUCUAAAAGCUCUAAUUCUUUAAGAUUUGAUUCAAGAUGUUCUAGUCCUGAUCAGGAUGAAGAUAUUAGAAUGCCCUGGUAUCUAAAAUCGAUAGACCUACCUGACGAUCUCUGGAAAGCCUUAAGGAUAA